AUGACAAAAAAGCCCCAGAUGAGCUAUGGAUUCUACCUUCGGAUUGAGAAAGACACAGCAGGGCAUCUCAUCCGGAACGUGGAAAAGAACAGUCCAGCAGAGGAGGCUGGCUUGAAGGAUGGAGACAGAGUCCUCAGGGUUAAUGGUGUGUUUGUAGACAAGGAAGACCAUGCACAGGUGGUGGAGAUUAUCAAAACCAGCGGGAAUUCUAUUGUACUUCUUGUUCUGGAUGGCACAUCCUAUGAAAAGGCAAAAAAGGAGGGAGUGAACUUGGAAGAGCUGACUCAAAAGGUGUCAACAGGACAGCAGCAGUCCCUGCCGCCCAUGGACAAUGGAGCAAUCACUGCAGUUCCACAACCCCGACUCUGCUACCUAGUAAAGGAGGAGAAAGGCUACGGCUUCUCUCUGAAAACCAUAGGACAAAAGGGGUCAUUCAUAGUAGAGCUUUUACCACAAGGAGCAGCUGCAAAGGCUGGUGUCCAAAAUAACGAUCGCCUGAUUGAAAUCAAUGGAAAAAACGUGGAAAACAACACACACGAGGAAGUGGUGGAAAAGGUAAAGGAGUUUGAAAAUCACGUUAUGUUUCUACUUUCAAAUGAAGAAACGGACCAGUAUUACGUAAGCCAGAAGAUGGUGCUAAGCAAAGAGAGCGCCAACCUAAGACGGCUUCCCUUCAAACCGCGACUUAUCGAGAUCCAGAAAGGAAAAAGUGGUUAUGGCUUUUACCUACGGAUGGAACAAAAUACAGGGGAUCACGUCAUCAAGGAUAUUGAUUCUGAGAGCCCGGCAGCCAAGGCAGAUCUCAAAGACAAUGAUAUCUUAGUCGCUGUCAAUGGCGAGCAAGUGGACGGCCUGGAUCAUGAAAGUGUAGUGCGAAAAAUUAAGCAGUGUGAGGCAAAAACCACACUGUUGGUAGCAGAUAAGGAAACCAAUGCCAUGUAUAAACUGGUAAGAAAAUGCAAACCACCACUAAGAAUUGGCUCAAAUGUCCCCGUUCUCAUACUACUACAAAGCACAAGAUCCAACUCCAGCUACAAGGGAGGAAAGAGCGAACACACUGAGCAGAAAGUGAACCACAAGCCAAGAAUUUGCAAGAUGGUGAAAGGCCCCAGUGGAUUUGGCUUCAAUUUAAACAUGAUCAAGAACAAGCCAGGACUGUUCAUCACCCAGGUACUAAUCCAAGGGCCAGCUGACACAGCAGGUGUAGAAAAUAAUGACUUUUUGGUGGAAGUGAAUGGAGUGAAUGUGAUCAAUGAAUCCUACGACAACGUCGUGUCAAGAAUCAAAAAUACCGGUGACAGAUUAACACUACUGGUGUGCAGCAAAGAUGCUUACACAUACUUCCAAAGCCAGAACAUUCCCAUCACAGCCUCUAUGGCAGAUCCCAUCCAUGACAUUUCUGAACCUCCUGUUUAUACAGAAAAUCACCUGUCAGAGCCCGAGAGAAGCUCACCUGAAUCAAGGGAAAGGGCAAGCUCAUCCUUCUCUUCACUAUCAGCUGCCUCUACAAGAGCAGACAGUGACAACGAUGAUACAAAGUUGUGA